UUUUUUAUUAGUCUGUGGUUUCGUCUGGUCUGUGGUCGGUCGCCGCGACAGCGAAACAAGAAAUUACUUUCUUGUAAAAUAAUUAUUGUAAAAGUAAUGUGCACCAAUGGAUCGCUGUAAUACAGUGAAUUAGUUGUAAUCUAACGAAACGAACGUACAACAAAAUGGUUUUAUGUACAUUGCCUCAGAAAUAUAAUAAUUAGGUUAUGCUUGUUUAAUGUCAUUUGAGCUUAAACCACCCUGGAAAAAUGAGUAACUGGGCAAGAAGGAUGCACAGGCGAGCUGCUACAUUGAGCAAUGUGGUUACGUCUUGCGGGCAUCCGAAUUCCUUGCCGUAUCCGCGGAGACUGGAAAAAGUGAAGUUUGGUGUGCCUUUGCAUGAAGUUUGCAAGGAUGAUAUCCCUGGGCCUUUGCUUGUGCUGAUUUUAAAGUUGAAUAAAGAAGCACCUCUACGCCGCGAUGUGUUCAGGGCGCCGGGUCACCAGGGGGCUAUGAAGAAGCUCAUACAUUUCCUGCAGACUGGAAGACUGGUGAACGUUGAUAACUAUUCAGUCUAUACUAUCGCUAGUGUGCUCAAGAAGUUUUUGAGGAAAAUACCUGGUGGGGUGUUUGGGCGUGAUGGUGAAAUGCACCUUUUCUCGGCUGUGGAGCUGCCUGAGGAGCGACAAGUAGAUGAAAUUCGCAGGUUACUUCUCUCGCUGCCGGUAUGCACGCAGAGGCUGCUGGUGCUACUCUUCGGCACAUUCAGGGUGAUGGCGUCCAAUGCUGACAAAGCAGGUACAGGUAUGACAUCCGAAGCCCUGGGCGUAUCGGUAGCGCCGUCGUUCUUCCACUCUUGCGUGUCGGACGGCAAAACAGCCACAAUGGAGGACGUCCAGAGAUUCAAGGUGGCGACCCGUAUAAUGCGGCAACUGAUCGAGCAAUUCAGCGCAGGCGAUCUGUUUGGGCGCGACAACUAUGAAUACUACGCACGAGUGACCGGUCGCAUACUGCGCGUCAAGGAUGAGUGGAUAUGCUCGUUCCGCGACCCACCGCCGCCGAGGCACCACCGGGAUCAAGAGGCGUAUGCUAGACAACUGUCACUGGAAGCUGAAAAAACGUGGUUGCAGUGCGAAUGCGAUCGCUGGGGCAACAAAUACAAUUUAGAAGGUCUAACAAAAUCCGAGGAGUGCCAGUCGAUGCCGGCGCUUAUGGGUGUGGUGGGCGGCGGCGCGGCUGGCGGCGUGCUAGGGCUCGGCAUCAUCCCCGAGCACAGCCUGCUGGACUCGUGCACGCGGCUGUCCAUCUCGCUGGAGGAGAGCGUCUUCAAGGUGUCAGUGAGCUCAUCGUCGCAAUCGUCUCGCAGUAACUCCAGUCCGCACAUGACACUCGAAGAGUUGCGCGCCAUCAACAAAUACGCUGAGAGCACAAAGAGCCUCUCCUACUUGCCUCAGGUGCACGAGCGGCAGCGGGCCCGUAUGCGCACGCGCUCGGAGUGGUUCCUGCAGCCCGCGGCGUCGCUGGACGCGCGCGCCCGCGCCGGUGGCGAGCGUCGCAGCUCGCGGCGUCGGUCUCGGCGCGCGCGCGUGUGCGCAGGCGGCGCCGCGUGCCGCGCCCUCACGCACUCCGACACUGAGGUCGCGCUCGCUCUCCAGCCUCGUCAAGUGACCGCCUGACCGCGCCCGAAGAAGCCCGAGCCGCUGCCGAGGGGAAACUCCCUGUAAUGCGGCCCCAAGAGCUUACAUACGGUGUAAGGGGGCAGGCUGGCAAACAUUUUGACAGUAAGUCCAGACCAUUGUUUUGAUCUACUGGAUUUUCCCCGGAAUACUGACUUUUUCAUAUAAUACAUGCUAUGAAAAUACUUCUCAUAUAGUUGUUGGAAUUACAUUACACUAUAAAACGUUAAAACAAAGGAAAAAUAGAAAUAAAUAAAUAAAUAUUCGGUGUCAUUUCCAUGAAAAAUAUCCUUAUGUAUCGAUUUGGGAAACUGCAUUUGUCAGCCUGUCCUUUGCACUCUGUAUCUACGUUUUAAAGUAAUUGUAAACGAACAAAACUUUUCGGCAAUAUUGCUCGGCAUUCUGCGAUCGUUAACAAAUCUUGCCGCCUGCAUCAUUGCCGAAGAGUUAGCUCUUUUAUAAAGCUAUAAAAAGUUUACAAGAUCCAGUGUAGAAGUGCUACUAUUAGCACAUAACAAUUACCUAUAGCGUAUUAUACCGCCCCCCCACAAGAAACACGUACACGUCAUUUUCUGACUGGUUACGUAGACGCUCUAUUCCCCCGAGGUAACAUUGAGACAAUAUUACCAGUGAUAGUUACGGUAACAUUCUGAUUUGUGAAAUUAUUUCUGACCCGGUCCAAUAAUGUUGAUGACUUUCGCGAAUAGUUGUCUUUCGUGAUGGUCGUUUGCUUUAUUGAUACAACUAAGGAAUAUUGUAUUGUACAAGUAUCAGAAUGUCAGUACGGUCCUACAUGGACAGUUCUAGUGUAGCCGUACACUAAUCUUAAUCUUACAAGCGAGAUACCCAUCCGACCUUACGUGAAGUAAGGAUCCUGAAACCUACCACGCAACAUGGUUUCGAUAUUAGUGGAAGAAACGAAUUAAACCGAUCAAUGUAUCCACAUCGUGUUGCGAAGUAGAUAAUGCGUAUGCGGCCUAGAAAACCUUUGGCUAGCGUAGGUGCGAUCUGUCAAUGGGAGAACGCCUACGUUUGACGCCUAUAGGCGUGUACCUUAAAUUGUGUUGCAAAACAAAAUACGAAAACGAAUUCCAAUGGGAGUUUCAUAACCGAUUAGAGAUUUGUGUCUGCUAUUUAGGGAAAUUAAAUUAGAAUAAAUGAGCGGAGUAGGAAAACGAUAAAAUACAAUCCAAAUAUUGACGUCAUAAAAUAUUGUAGUGAUGUGAUGGCAUAGAAUUUACGAUACAGUGUAAAUAAAAUAUCCCAUACAAACAAAUAACAGUCAAUUAAUAUUUGUUUUUAUACAAUAUACGAAUGUUGAUUGUCAGGUUAUAGAUUAAUUAUAUCACACUGGGAAAUUCUAUUAGAGGAUUGGAUUUAAUUUUAUUAGAGACACGAGCGAAACUAAGUAUAGCGUUGUCAUAUUUAUGUUAUUUAGUGCGUUUACUACGUUAAUGUUUCAUCAUAUUCCUAGAUGAAAACGUGCUAUUUCUAAUCCUAGGAAAUGUUUAUUGUGUAUUUUUUUUUAUCCAAUUUUACAUUUUGAGAGUAUUGUUUCGUUUGUAUUGGUUAAAUAUUUGGUCACGUUAAUCAACGAAUGCUUAACGACGACUUUUGUUCAUUGUGCUAUUUUUGAUUCUCCAAAAUUUUACAAAAUUUGAUAAGGAUUGCUCUCUAUUCGAAGUAAAGGCUUUAUUUUGGAUUUUGAUUAUUAAAAGGUACGAUGGUGAUAACGAAACAUGAAUAUUAACUAUAACUAUUCGCUACCUUUUACGACUAGGUAUGCUAGAAUUUCAGGUGAAAUUUAAGAAUUUAAAAAUGCUAGUUGUAUGAUUGUCUCUGUGCCAUGAUGAAUGAACUAAAUGUGUUUCUAAGAAAAUAUCUUGUUUUAUAACGAAACUAUGGACAGGAAAUUCUUAGUUAAAUAAAUAUAAGAAGUGAAUUAUUUAGUCCUAAUUCCAGUGUUUUAGGGCUCAUCUUCAGAAAAUAUUUGAAGGAUGAGUAACAUUUUAAUAGGUUAAAUUUGUGAAGCUAAUAUGAUUAAAGAGACGCAGUGUGUGCUUAUAUUAUAACAAUUAAAUAACAUUCCUGUAAAUAAAGGUUUAGUUAAUUAAAUGUAUGUCUUUAGCACUGAUGUUUUAGCUUUAGGUGUGCAGAGAAUGUUUAUAUUCUCUGAUUUUCCGUAUAAAGUCAGCAUUUCACUUCACUUUUGCAUUUCUUUCUACCUCAUACCUUUAUUUGCUCAUUGUUAAUGUUAGAUUUCACCGGGAUUAAAUGUAACAAAUGUAAAUUCGGAUCAUAUUUAGUACCAUUUAUAAAUAAAUCAAAUUUCGCCAAAUAGCCGCAUCUAUAAGACUGACAAAUCUGUGUAAUUUUUUCUAACUCACUUUUCACUUGGUGUUGAAAACAUGGAAGGUGUUCGACUCGCGAUCAAAUGUUGUCUAUUAUUAAUAGUACAAAGUGCGUUUCACAAUUGAACAUAAAAUAGUUGUAUUGUUUCUAUUAAUAUUCUGUAAAUAUAACAGAUCUUGGAUUAUACAUAGGUGCUAGUUGUGAAAUCUCUUAUGAAGAAAUUUAAAGUUUUAUUUUUUUCAUUUUUUAAUUACGUUAACUAUAAAUUCAACCAGUUAGUUGAUUUUGUUUCAAAAUUAAAUUUCAAUACUGUACGAAUACGUUAUUGUUAUAAACCUACUUAUUACAAUUUAUUUUAUUUAUGUUAAGUUACACAAGCCUAUGUUAUGCACAGGUUCGCACAUUACACUAAACAUUAUUAUUAUGAUCUGUACCCUUAGUCAAAUGCCAUUUAGCGAUAAUAGAAUCGAUUGUAGACUUAAUUUUUUUUAAGGUAAUAAAGUUGAAAAUCGAAUAUCCAAGCUAAAGUCAUAGACUAUAAUCGUUAUAUGGCAUUUGGCAGGAUACUGUAUUUGUAAGUUUCUAUUAUUAAGACUGUUUUAGGUUAAACAUCCAAUGCAAGUCGCAAGAUGUAUUUUAUUGUUUGAUAUCACAAUUAUUAGUUUAAGACUUGCUGGUAUGGUAGUAGAUGAGUUAUGUGUUAGAGGCAGCUCAAUAUAUUUGUAAUCUAGUAAGCAGCUACCUUCCAUACGCUACUACGCAUAUAGCCUGUUCUGUGGCCAUAUUAUAUGAGAGUACCUUAUCAUAGCGGCUGAUCCAAUAACAUUCAUUUAUGUCGGAUUUCAAAGUUUUUUAAACCCUAUUAUUGCUCCUGAUUCGUUAUUGGUACCUUGAAAUAGGCUCUACGAUUUUUAUUUGUAAUACUAAAUUGUGAACCAGAUAAGGCAAAAUGACUCUUAUUAGACUGGCUGCUAUUCUACUAGUAUUAAAUGUUACAAGAGUAUUUACGCAAUUGAUAGAUAGACCCUAUAAAUAUUACUAUGUUUUGUCUAUGUCUUUAAAUUCUAGAUGGGUAAUUUAUAUCUGUGUUGUCACGUUUUAGAAACAAGUGGUCAAACUAUUUGGUAAUAAUUGACCAUAAAGUUUGCGUUCUGUGUUUGAUAUAAGAUUAUACAAGUAACAUAAAUAGAACGCGGCUAAGGUAACGAAACAGUACCCAAAAGGUCAUAACUAUAGAUUUAACGAUAGCUGGCUUGCAUUUCUUGGAUUUGGUCGUCCAAGUUCCUGUGUUCAUUGAUUAGAGAUAGACGAUUACGAAUAGGGAGUACCUAGACUAGUUAAUGUGUAGUUAUAUUUUGAGAUCGAAAGACUUGUUGUGCUUGCUACCACAGCCCCGAACAAACUGAAGGAACACUAAGCGGCUCGUGGUCGCAACACGAACAAACAAAAUUUUUGUAUAUUGUUAUAUUAGCCUACAUAUUAUUAUUAUAAUUUUUCGUCUUUAUUCAAGUGCGUCCUAUUUUUUAAAUUAACAUUUUUGAAAUUUAAUAUUAUUAUAACUAUACGCGUAUAAGAUUUUGUACAAUAAUAUAAGUUGCUCUAAUAUUUAGAUAUAAUAUUUAUCAUUUUAUAAGACUGUUCGUAUGUUUAUUAAUAUAAUUUAUUACUAACACUCGAAUACAUUACAUACUUAUCAUUCCACCGAUUUAAGUAUUUAAAUAUACCAGAUGCAUUUGAGUAUUAUUUUUCUGUCAUAAACGUUAACAUAGAUCUCAGAGCUUUAACAAAAUUACUACAGUUUUAACUAUACAGAGGAGUACUUUAGUUAGAAAAUGGUUAGGGUGCGCGUGCGUUGAUCUGCAGGCGAUGCUGCAAUCAAUCAAAAAAGGUACCGAUGCCGUGAACAUAAGAUACAAACUGUAGUGUAUCACUUCUGAUCCAGUCACUUAUAAAACAAAAUAUGAAAGUCAUAGAAUUGUGACGGACACUGCUUCUCGCUCUUGCGUAGUCGUGCAAAAUCUGGUAUACCAUAUCGCCUGGAUAUAAGGACCUUUUUUGCUUGAUGCUACUGUUAAGUGCAUAAGUACGGCCAUCUUGUUUGCGUCCGUCUGCAUUUCAGCUCACGUUCACCACAAGAAAGGUUCAAGUUAUUUUCGUUACGACUGUGUACGACUUCGUCAUUGUUAUGUCGGAUUUGAUUAUUAGUAUAAUUCUUUUGAGUAUUACUUGUACUAUGGUAUUCGCUUAUGUAAAUUCAGUUAUAU